UCGUCCUCGAAUCCUCCGCCACAUCGCCGUCGUCUCCUCCGCGGCUCCGCCUCCCUGUCUGUCCCCUCCCCACCUCCCCCCCUAAAAGCACCUGCCAUUGCCGCACCGCCAAGCUCCCCCUCCUCAAAUGCCCGAGACCCCACCGCCGCGACGCGCCCCCACCGUCCUCACAUGGCUAACGGCCUCCUCCUCCGCGGCGCCUCCCCGUGCCUCCGCCCCGCCGCCCCGGCGACCGCCGGCUCCUCCGCUGACCCCGUUCGGGGCCAUGGCGCGGUGGCGAUCGGUGAUUCGGGGCCGCGCGGUGUUGCUCUGAGGGUGAGAGGAUCUAGCCGGAGAGAUUUCUCAUUUAUCACAAUGGCCUCGAGAGAUCAUUCUGGCUUGACCCGACAACUUCUAGAUUUUCAACAUGAUACAGUAGAUGCGGUAGGUGCAGAACAUGAUCCAUUCAUGGAGUUGAAAGCAAGGUUCAUGGACUUCAAACAGCGAAACUAUGUGGAAAACUUUUCAAAUUACCAAAGUCUGGCUGAACAGCAAACACCAAAGUUCAUGGUGGUUGCUUGUGCUGACUCCAGGGUCUGCCCUACCGGUAUUUUGGGGUUUCAGCCUGGGGAAGCAUUUACAGUUCGUAAUAUAGCAAAUUUGGUACCACCAUAUGAGCAUGGUGGUUCAGAGACUAGUGCUGCACUAGAGUUUGCUGUCAAUACACUCCAGGUAGAAAAUGUUUUGGUGGUAGGUCACAGCCGAUGCGGUGGCAUCCAGGCACUAAUGAGUAUGAAAGAUGAUUCAACCUCUGGAAGCUUUAUUAAAAAUUGGGUUUCAAUUAGUAAGAGCGCAAGGUUAAGCACGAAAGCUGCAGCUGGAAAUUUGAGUUUUGAAAUGCAGUGCAAACAUUGUGAAAAGGAAUCUAUUAAUAGCUCUCUUUUGAACUUGUUAACAUACCCAUGGAUAAAGAAAAGGGUGAAUGAAGGUACUCUGAACCUUCAUGGAGGCUACUACAACUUUAUUGAUUGCACAUUUGAAAAAUGGACAUUAGUGUACCGUGAAGGGCUAGAAGGUGGAAGCAAGUAUGCUAUAAAGAACAGGUCCACUUGGUCUUGACCAAUGAAGGCCUUAUUUACUUGGGUAAAUUUCACUCUGCCCGCUGCAGUUCAGCAUGGUUUUGCUUUGCCACUACGUUGUUCAUUUCCAUUGCACCUUGCUCCAUUGUGGUGGUAUUGAUGUUCCGCAGAAGGUAGUCCCUGUAUCAAGAAACUGUUACAUAGCUGUUGGCAUCAUCCAUGGUCAUGCAUGGCACUAUGCCACUAGCAUGACACGCUUGAACUGUAUGUUGUAUUGCAGAUGCAUGCAGAUGCAUCGGCAUUGUAUAGCAGUUAUUUGAUACAGGGACUCUAAUGGAGUGAGGUGCAACACAAUGGACAAUAUGGUAGCAAAGUGAAAGUCUGUCGAACUGCCGGGGACAAAGUGAAUUUUAUCCAACUACUUGUAUGUUGUUUUCUGAUUGAAACCAUUAAGGAAUUAUGAAUAAGCUAGAAGAUCACUCAUACGACGAAUGCAUGUAAUGGUCGCCGCAUUUGGCGUCACCGUGUGCAAUUGUAACAUUUGUACCAUGUGUUGUAUCAUUGUAACUGUGAGGUACAAAUAUUAUACAUCAUUUGCAACUGUUGGUGUUAUCA